AAAAAUUGGGGUUGGCCAGAGAUAAAGGUGUAAAGAAAUUUAAAUUUCUACCCUAAUUUGCAUUGUUCGGCGGUGUUAAAACAACUUCUUGUGAAGGGUUAUGAGUCAUUUUUAGCGAAAAACCCUGAACAUUCCUCAUGACGUUUUACGACAAUUAUUACGAGGCCUCGGUGCCCGACCUCCCCGGCUACGAACUUGUUUUAGAUGAUAGUCCAACAUGUCACCAAUCACUGAAAUACUGGACUGAUCGGGCUGCUGAGGUGAGUCCUGCUCUAUUGAAACUCACUGGCUCAGUUGAGUCAUACUUCAGUACUGGAAUGCAGCACAGUAAAGCGGCAGCUGGGUUUGGUAGUGCUCUGGUAGAUGUCGCCAAGUCAGUGGAAAAUGAUAAAGACAUCAGUGAACCAAUAAUGAAGUUUGCAGACAUGUUGCAGAGAAUAGAAUGCUACAAGGACAUGUUCCUGAGUCAAACACAGCUUCUGACUCUGCAGCCAUUAGCAGCUCUUACCAAGGAAUUUGAGAAAGCUAAGGACCUUCAGUCUCAAAUGCAAAAAGCCAGAGAUGGGCUGCACAUUGCUUGGGAAAAGUAUUCCAGCCUUGCACACCUCAGCAACUUGCAAGAGCCUGGUGUAGUCGACCGGCUUGCUCAUGGUAUGCUACAUGCCAGACAUAAUUACCAGCGAAUUCUUCUCAAGUAUGUGUCAACACUGAGAGAUAUUCACACUUUAAAGAAGGUGAUUAUUCUUCAAAAAGUUUUAGAACACAUGCUUGCCCAGUUCUCUUUCUUCAAUUUUGCGUACCAGACAUUGAAAGAUGUAGAGCCAUAUAUGAAUGAUCUUUUCCAAGAACUGCAAAACACACAUGCCAAACUAGAGGAAAAUCUACAGAAUGAUGAGGAUAUUCAGGCAGCAAGUGAAGCAGAUAUUCUCACUCUAUAUCAGAAGGAUGCCCAGUCAUUUGCAGAACCACAGACCACUGUUCUUGGGUCUGCAGCACUGGGCCAUUCUGUCAACACUGUGAAUACACAAGCUGGGAAAUUCUUCAACAGAAUUGGGGAUUUGAUUCAAGGAUCCAAGAAAUAUGGCAAAGAUCACCCACGUCAGGAUCAGGAAUGGGAGGUGGUUGAAAAACCUAAGCUGUCAUCAUCUCCACAAGUCACCAGAAAGAAUGAUGCGUCAUCUUCUUCAGAGGGAAAACCCCAACCUGAACGGCCAAGUAGUCUGCCAUCCUCCCCAGCCAAGAAAAAGGAGGGUUCAUCAACCAGUCCUGAAGGUACAGAUGAUGCACAAGAUAAGGUCAUCAAAGUUGUACCAGAUGAUCUUCUCAGUCCAAGUUCUGAAGUUGCACCACAGGACAAAAAUGCUGAGCAAACACAAUCAGAUGGAUCAAGAUCUAUUGAAGUAUCGACAAGGGAAGGAACUCAAGUGACAUCUUCAAGUGGAUGGGAGCAGUGCAAAAGAGGCUAUCUUCGGAUAAAACAGAAAGGCUUUCCCAAGUCAAGAUGGCCUCUUCUGUACUUCAUUGUAGACCAAAAGGAUGGAAGACUUUUGGCUCAGGGUCAAGAGCAGAUCAGUCCAUCAGUCAUGGAGAAUCUGCUGCUUUGCACAGUAAAGUUUUGUACGGCGGGAGAUGUUGACAGAAAUAACUGUUUUCAGCUCAUUUCUCCAAGCAGUGAAAGAAUAUUCCAGGCAGUAACAGAUCAAGAAGUACAAGAGUGGGUGACAGCCAUUCAGAAAGCGACAGCUGAUGCCUUAAGAAAUUCAAAAGCAAAAUUACAGUCUCUUGCCAGAUCACAAGUGGACAGAUCUAGCCAGUCAGCCAAUGCAAAUAAAGUAUAUGCAGUUGAUGCAUCAGAGAGAAUAAGAAAAAUAGAUGGAAAUUCAUAUUGUGCAGACUGUUCAACCCCAAGACCAGACUGGGCAAGUAUAAACCUUGGAAUCUUAGUUUGCAUUGAAUGUUCUGGAAUCCAUCGCAGCUUGGGAGUGCAUGUGUCUAAAGUAAGGUCACUGACAUUAGACAAAUGGGAGGAGCAAACUGUCAAGUUUAUGGAAGGAAUGGGUAACAGCAAAGUGAAUAGAAUAUAUGAAGGCAAGCUUGGAGAAUAUAAAAAACCCACAAGAGAUUGUGCAAAGGAGGAAAGGCAACAGUUUAUUCGUUUGAAGUAUAUUGACCGACAAUUUUCCAUUCCUGAGGACAAUUCAGAUAAGGAAAUCUUAGAGGUGAUGAAAAACAGACCACCGGGAGAAGGCGAAGAUGAACUUUUUAAUGAUUCUGCAGAGUUCCUCGACUUUCUACAAGAGAGAAGCCUUCAUGGAGCUAGUCCAGUCUGCCUUGUGGAAGACUGUAAGGAAUGUCCCACAUCCUCUUGUAUCCAUAAAGGAAAGUUUGCCUCAUCUCAGCUGAUUGUCUCACCUGAAGAAGGAGAAGAAAGUGAAUGUUAGAAUACAAUGAAAAUUAUGGACCAAUGCAAGAUGCUGUGAUAACUAUAAUGUUAUUUAAUAAUUUGUGUCAUUGACCUGUGCUAAGAAAUGAAGGUGUCAUCAAAAUGUAAUCAAAUGUCAAGGGUACAUCACUAACAUUGAACUCAGUGAAUAAUUUAAACCAGGGAAAUAUGUUGGUGUGGCAAAAGUGUCACAUAAUGUCACACAAGGUCACACCAUUUGUGCCAUAAUAUUGUGUGAGAAAUGAAGGUGAUUGUUUGUAUUUAAUUAGUAACAGUUCUCUGUAGUAACUUGGCUUAAGUACCUAGUGUUGCAGUAUGAUGAAAAUUAUGAAAUUAUUUCAUCAUGAAAUUAUGGUUAUAGUACAGACUGAUGUGCAGCAAAGUUUAGAGACUCUGGUUUGCCUUGACCUCUGUUGACUACUUGACAAGCUAAACUUAGGAAUUGGGAAAAAAAAAAGAGAAUGCUGGAAGAGUUCUGUACAGAAAAAAGGAUCAUUAAAUGCUAUAGCAUAUAAGCUAUCAAACUGAAUUCAGAAAGAGGCAUAAGUCAACACCAUUUCUUUCCUCAAAGUCAGGAAUGUUCUUGAAGUAACAACUGUCCAAAUUGUUGAGAAUGACAAAUGUGUGGUUCAGAUACGGUAAUUUUGUUGUAUUUAAUAUAUGUAAAAAUAAAAAUAAAGUAUAUUCCACCCUACAGGGUGUUAAUCUUAAGUAUUGUAACAUACCCAUGAAUUAGGGUAAGAGACCAUUUUUCUGUUGAUAAAAUGUAGGAUCUGAUGUGUAAAGUGAUAGGUUACAAAAAUCAAGCUUGGAAUAUUUUUUAAAAAAUUGUCAUGACCAGAGAAGGAUAGCAGACUGCUGCAACAUCCAUGAAGCACAUUUGCUUUCAAUGCAGUUUUUAUUGGGAAAAUCAUUUCUUUUCUCCCUGCUUGAGUGAAACAUUUUAACCCAGCUAUUAUCAGAAUGAGUCCUUAAAAAUCAGGGGUUUCAGUCAGGGGUGUAAUUAGGCCCCUUUCUCCUAUUAGGGCUUGGGGAAGGCUUCCCCCAGUAAAAUUUGAAACCUAGAAGCUUAGAAAUUUAAUUUACAGCAUCUAAGAGUGAUUGUAGGGUAAACAUAUGGCAGUAAGAGGUCUUACAGGCAGUGGUAGACUGUCAGUAAUUGAAUGUCAUUGAAACUUGUUAGGAAUCUGGAGGUAUUUAAUAGAUAGCCUCUGUGGUGGUAUUGUUUAUUUUGAUAAAUUAAUUUGAUUGGGUACAAUGUGACUAUGCCUCAUGGCUGAUUGGCUUGAGUUAAUUAAAGGGAAAGGAAUGUUGUGA